AUGUGGUCUACAACGGCACCAUCAUCGACCAUGGGCGAGGCGACAGCCCCGCUGGUACGGGUGGAAACCAACAUGCUCCCUCGGUCCAAGCUUCUCGUCGUCUUCGGUGGCCUCGCCUUGUCGCUCUUCGUAUCGUUCGUCGACCAGAACUCGAUAUCCGUAGCCCUCCCCGUGCUGGGCAGGGACCUGGAUGCCGCGUCCACCAUCUCCUGGGCGGGCACGUCGUCCCUCAUCGCCAACACGGUGUGCCAGGUCCUGUACGGCCGCCUGUCCGACAUUGUAGGCCGCAAGCCGGUCCUGCUAUUCUGCAUCGGCCUGCUGGCACUGGGGGACAUGCUGUGCGCCUUUGCCAGGACGGGUCCGCAGCUGUACGCCGCGCGUGGAAUAGCCGGUAUAGGGAACGGGGGGAUAGCGGCUCUGUGCAUGAUCAUCGUGUCGGACGUGGGAAUCCUAGGCGCAUGCGUCGGACUAGGUAACGUCGUCGGACCUUUUCUGGCGGCCGGGGUGAUACGCAGCUGGCGAUGGCAAGGCGUGUUCUGGAUCAUCUGCGCCCUGGCCUGCAGCUGCGGCGUGGUCGUCCUCCUGGUGAUACCGCCGAGCCAGGUGAGCGGAAGCCGUAGGGAGAAGCUCCGGGCGAUAGACUGGCUGGGGCUGGCGACGAGCGCGGCGGGGCUGAUGAUGCUGCUGGUGCCCAUCACGUCCGGGGGCGCCGACCUUCCCUGGGGCUCGCCGGUGGUGAUAUCCCUGCUGGCGGCCGGGUCGGCGCUCGUGGCGGCUUUCGUGGUGGUGGAGUGGCGGUGGGCCUCCAUGCCGCUCCUGCCGCUCAAGUUCUUCGCCAUGCCGCAGGUGGCGACCAUCAUGUCGCAGAACCUGCUCAUGGGCGCCGUGUACUACUCCAACCUGUACUUCCUGCCCGUCUACUUCCAGAGCGCGCGGCGCUGGUCCCUCAUGGACGCCGCCGUGCUGACCAUCCCGCUCGUCGCCGGCCAGUCCGUCGUCUCGGUGCUCUCGGGCCGGUACAUCUCGCACUUCGGCCGGUACGGAGAGGUCGUGCGCGCUGGCUACGCCGUCUGGACCCUCGGCUCCGGCCUCACCCUUCUGUUCGGCCGGGGCACCCCGCGCGCCGUCAUAGUGGCCGUGUGCCUCGUCGAGGGCGCCGGCAUCGGCCUCGUCUUCCAGCCUACCCUCGUCGCCAUCCAGGCCUGCACUGCAAAGGAGGAUAGGGCCGUCGCCACGUCCGUGUGGAGCUUCACCAGGGCCGUGGGCGGUGCGCUCGGGCUCGCCGUCUCCACGGCCGUCAUGUCCCACGUCGUCGCUGGGGAGAUCGUGUCCCUGCCUCGUGACGUCCAGGAGCGCAUCUUGGGCCAGGUCCUGUCCGUCCAGGAGACGUCUGGCCUGUCGCCCGACGAAACUGACACCAUACUUCGAGCUUAUACGGUGGGGUGCAGGUCCGUCUUCACAAUGUGGGUGGCCCUCAUGGCCACCUGUCUCGCUCUCUGCGUCUUCAUCAGAGAUCGUGGCCUGAGCCGUCCCGAUGAGCCCGUCGAGGCUCUCCAAGAAGCCGACCAGGUCCUCCUUCCGCACUUCGACAACGCAGUUCUCAAAACUGUCUAUGCGAACGCGGGCAUUCGUCUCCGACACCACCUCCUGAAACGCUCGCCCAAAGUUGUUGCGGCCAUAUCCCUUACUGGUCUCGGCUCUGUAGUCGUCGUCGUCGUCGUCGUCGUCAUCGUCAGACUCGUCAGACUCGGAUUCAGACGAGUCAUCAGUCUCUGUCUCGGGCUCAUCGUCAUCGUCAUCCCUCUUGGCCGCCUUCCCGUCUCGGUCGAGCAUGGCCGUGUCUGGGCCGCCACCACCUCCUGUGCCGACGACGACGUAGGUUCCACGCUUCUCGUCCAGGCUGGCCACGAUCAGAGGCGUACCGCGGCCACCAUGAGAGAGCUUGCCAUGGCUCUCCCUCUCUUGCUCGCUCAAGGCCUCGCCGAUCCAAAGGGAGAGUUUUGUCAGCGCUGCAGGCGCUUGGCUCAUCGUAACGACAGGCUCACUCGACUGUGCGUGCUUCCCAACCUCGAGCAGGGCGCCGAUGACGACGCCGACAUCCUCGGCACUGAGGGUAGCACGCCACCCCCAGCUUCGGACGAAGCCCCAUCCGUCCUUGGCACCGGCACGGUCCUUGCCGUCUGUAUCCACCGAGGGUACCAUUUCGUCCAGGUUGUACAAGGACCCGUACUUGAGAAGCUUGGCUCGCAGCUCCCGCUUCAGCAUCAUGUCCAUGUGGGUGUAGCUCUGCUUGCACUGAGCCAGGCUGACACCCAUCUUGGCCAGCAGCUUGUGCAGACGCCUGAUACCGGUCUCGCUCCACGUCUUGAGGCGCGAGAAGAGGUAUGGGGAGUGAAGCAUGCUGUCAUAGAGACUCCAGUGCCGGAUAAGGAGGAAUCGCGGUUCGGGCGAGAGGCGGAUACCGGUGUCCUCGGGGUUUCGUGCCGUAGUAGGGAUGACGCCCGUAUUCUCUGGAGCGACACGUCCGUUUGUAAUCUCCAGGGGGUUAAGGCGCCUCACUUCGUCUCGUAG